AUGGAACACGAUCUUGCACCGGAAGGAAUGACCUACUUUGAAUGCUGCAUAUGCCAGCAAGCACUCAAGGAUACUCAGUUGUGUCCGCGUUGUUGCAAAAUGUUCUGCAACAAAUGCAUCCUUGAGUGGUUUGAAAAAGAAGAAAGUUGCCCUUGCUGCAGGGCAGCCAUCAAUAAAGCUAGCCUGGUCAAAGGGCGACCGUUUGAGGAAAUGCAAAAAAUGUUUGAGAACUUUCACAUUCUGGAUGAGCGAAACCGCUGCAGUAGACACAAAACCCGUGAGCUGUCGCUGUUCUGUUAUGUCUGCGAGGAAUCGAUUUGUACACAUUGCUGGAACGCUGAGCCACAUCUUGAGCACAAGGAUCAGGCUGUACCGGUUGAUGAAGCCUGCAAUAAAUUUCAGGAGCAACUGGAAAAAGAUUUGCUAUGGGUAAACGAACGCAAUGCUGCCAUAGACCGCUCACUGCGCCAAAUUGAGGAUCACGAGGAUCAACUCGCGAAUAAAUGUAAAAUAGCGCUGAAAAAGCUCGAAAAGAUGAAGCAAACCGCUGAAGCAAAGUACCAAGAGCAACUGCAGAUGCAGCGAAAGGCUAAAGAUGUGUUGCAAAAUAGUAAGGAACAAACCGACAACUUAAGCAACAUGUGGUCUGCUUUGCUGAAAGCGGAAAACAAUGCUAAUGCAUUGCAUCAAUUAAUGGAAGCUAGGAAAACAGCUGAUUCUCUGCGUUUGGAACAGGAUCCUUGUGAAAAGGUAGUUAAACCAUUGUACAUUAGCGACGUUCUCCCGGAAAUGACAACAUUAUCUUUUCAUUUUGUACAAUUCGAUGAAGUUAUCGCUAAACAUAAAUUUUAUGAAGCACAGCAGAACUGCCGAGGCUUUCAGUGGAUGCUCCGGCUAGAAAAAGAAGAUGAAAAUGUUCGAUGUCUUUUAUGUUUGAUGAAAGGCGAAAACGGUGAGUAUGCGAUUGUACUGGAGGACGAACCACAAGAAUAUUUUGUGAUUGAAGAACAUGGCGAAAGCGUCGAACUUGGCCAGAUAAAUCCAACAGUCGGAAGCGAUGGCUCGGUAACGGUUCGGGUUCACAUUCAACAGGCGAAAACCUUUAGGGAAAUGUGUACACAGUUCGACAAGCACGUGGAACAGCUUGAGAAGGAGAACAACGAAAAUAAAAGUAUCCUUCGGGCACUAGCUGACUGGCAGAGCAAAAAUUCUUCCUGA